UCUUAUAGGGCUCGCGCAUCACAAGGUUGCUCCAUGUGCCGGCGAAGCCUCAACGCACCCCCUGUGGUACAACUCUAGCUCGGACCAGCGAACCAGCCCCCCCUCUGCACCUACACGAUAACCCCUCCACUGUCGCUGCGAACCAGCCCUCCACUGCCAUGAUGGACACAAUGGACCGCGGAAGCAUCUACGACCACGACAUACCCUCCUUGAGCGCGUCACUCGAGGCCUUCGAUCCGGAGCGCAGCACACACUCGGCCUACAGCGCGCGCUCGAACAUGCACUCGUCGCGGUGGAGCGCACCGCAGGAACAAGAAGAGUCGGAGACGGAAUCAGACGGACCGUGGGCGCCUCCAGCCUGGCAGAGGUCGAACAGCCACUGGUACCGAAAGUCGCUGCUGAGUGAAAGCGCGAUGCGAUCGAGCCCGUCCAAGUCCCCAGGCGCCAGUCCGUUCGACUACCGGAGCGACCGUGAAAUUACCCCCUCGCGCAUACCGCUCCCCGAGUCGCCUCGCAAGCAGACGCCGCGAACAAGCCCAGAGCCCAUGUCGGAGCAGGACCAGAGGCAGUUCACACCAGACAACAUCGGAUCGAGAAUGCAGAGCCCGUCUGCAGAGCCACAGGCCGGCGCGGGUGCACAACAGAGGCCGGAAGAAGAGAUGGCCCUGUCGCAGCACGAGGAGCAGGCUGGCCACCUGGAUGGAUUUGUACGAUUCGCUAUUCGCGGGGAGACGUUGUUCCGCACUGCGCCAAUAGAAGACACCAUCUCGUCAUUCGCAAGCGGGGUACACGUAUUCACGCGCUCAAAAGCAAACCUUGUUUGCACCAUCUUUGCCAUCAUCAUCUCCUGGAUUCUGCUGCAGCCAUGGACGGCGAGUCUGAUACCGGACGUGGCCAAUGUCGCCAAUAUGGCAAAGCAGUUCGAGCCACUCAUGUACGCGUCGGAAAACGUAAUACCGCGAUCGCGCGAGCUUGCGGAGGCGUCGAUAGCGGUGCAGGACCUGGGCGAGAGCGUGCGCGCGACCAAUAUGUCAGCGUCGACGGUCAUCAUAGAUCAGCUGGACGACUUGGGCGACAGCCUCAAGGUACUGUCAGAGAAGAUGACGAGCUUCUUCACGAAUGUAGACGGUGAUAUGGAUUCCAUCCUCAUCACCAUGGAGUGGGCCAAGCGGGAGCUUCAGAGCAUCAAAGGACCCAAGGUCGGCAUGAUUGACACGGUGAUUGGCAACAUCCACGGAGGCCUUAGCAGGAUUGGCGUGCUCGAGCGUAACGGCGAGCCGACGGCUAUCGGCCGCGUGGUCAACGACGUGGUGGGACACACUACGCAGCAACGGUCUAAGGCUACUCUGCAGCGAACAUUCGAUUACCUUCUAUCUACGCUUGAGGAGAACAUUGCGAACGAACUAGGGCGGGCCGACGUCCUGUUCCAGCUUUUCGAGAGCGUGGACCGGCAGUUCCACAACCUUCACCGGUCGGUGGCCAAGGAGGAAGACAGCCUCGCUACCAAGAAGGACGAGUUCCUGGCGUCGAUGUGGCGGAAUACCAUCAACAACAAGAUGAAGAUCAAGAAAUACGAGAAGAAUCUGAAGCUGCUCAAGGACGUGCGGGCAAGCACUCUGACGAACAAGUCUGAGCUCAAGAGCCACAUCCAGAUCAUCCACUCGGUCAAGGACCAGCUCGACAAGGCGCGCAAGAACCUGAUUUCCCCGCUCAUCCGGCGCGCGCAGUCAAACUCGUUCGGACUCGAGCAGCAGCUGUCAGAUCUGUCAGGGACAUACGGAUUCCUCAAGGGGCUCCGCGAGACGCAGAAGCACAAAGUGCUGCAGCAGCUCUGGGGCGAGCCGAAGAAACGCGUCAGCAUCUCGACGGGCAGAGACGACGGCGACCAGGCGGCGGAGUAUUGAAGACGAGGCGUGGUUGGGUUGUGCGUACGACGACGACGCUGUGAAUAUUAUGGAGCAUUGCGGUUUUGGAUAGACAAAGAGACGAAUGCGGACGCGGUCACGGCGAGGAGUUUUGGCUUGACUGGACGGCGCCGGAGUUCUGUCAGGCUCACUGCGUCUGCGGGUUUUCUUUUGGCGGACAGCACUGGGCGGUGUUAUGGGAUAACUGUAAUACACACCC